UUAACCUUAACCGCCAAUUCAUUGCCUUCCUCUAGUCACCGCUACCCAUAUUUUCCUUUACCAAGAAAACAAAACAAAAAGAGAUAGAGAAUUUGAUGAAGAAUAACAAAAUGAUGAGCUAAGGUGAGUUCAUCUUCUUCCUCUUCAUCAAAUUUCUCAAUCUUUGUCUUUGUUUUUUUGUGUCUUUCUUGCAAUCCCAAACUAACCCCGAUUUGUUGUUUUUUUUUCCCUCACCUUAUUAUAUUCAAAAGAAAAAGAAAAAGAUUUUUCAUGUUAUGUUUUUGUUUUGUUUCUUAAACAAAGAAAAAUUUUUUCAGAGAUUAUUUUGGAUAUGGGCCUUUGCAUUUAGACUUAUUAUCUUUAAUUAUACGGGCGUCAGAAACCCAUAUCAGAUCUCAGUAACCCCAGCAUAAUCUUCCUUCAUUCACCUGUUUGGCUGUUUUUGGGUGCAUCCACUAAAUCUCGUUCUCAUUACAUGACAGCUGUUUAGGUUGUCUGUACGGCUGAGCAUUUUCUUAAAAAUUAGAAGAAAAAAAAGAGAAAAAAAGGAGCUCCCUUGUACUUGUUAACCUUUCCUUUUGGGGUUUCGAAUUGGUUGUGAGGUAAUUUAUCUGUUUACCAAAUUUUGUUUUUGAAAAAAGAGAAAUUUUUCCUCUUGUAUUAUUAUUAAUCUUUAUUCUGAUCAGACCUUGACAGGGGAGGCCCACCUUUGGGGUUUGGUGGGCUUUGAUAUUUACCAAUAAAACCCCCCCUUUUUUGUUUUCUUCAAAGUGUGAUAUUUUGAAGAUCCCACUUUGUCUUCGAAGGGAAGAAGAGGGACAUUUGGGUUCUUCCAUUGAUUUUUUUUUUGUUUGCCUUACAUAAUUGAUUUUGAGUUUUUGACCGAUAAAAGAAUUCCCUUUUUCUUUCUUUUUUUUUUUUGGAAUGCUACUUUAUCUCUUCAUCACUUGUUUCCCCCUCAUCUUUUUUUUAAAGUCCCUAACUUUGAAACCACUCGCAGUCCGGGCAACUGAGACUAGAUUAUUGUCUCCCUGGUUUUGGAAAAAAAUUUCCUUUUUUCCCAUUUACAGGUUGAUCAAAAAUAGUCUUAGUCUUAGUUAUUUUACCACAAUCCUUUCCAAAAUGUCUUUAACUUCAAAAGUUGAUAACUUAGAGGAGGUCGAAGAAGGCGUGAUGUCAGUUUUGGACUUACCAGAAUUGGUCUUGGAAUGCAUUCUUGAAAGGCUACCACCUGAUGGUCUUUGUAGUAUGGCAGGUGUUUGCCGCACUUUAAGAAAUAGGUGUAUUAGUGAUCAUUUAUGGGAAAAACAUAUGAAAAAGAAGUGGGGUAGAAUUAUUGGUCCUGCUGCUUAUAGAGAGUGGCAAUGGUCUAAAGCUUUAAGAAGGGAUUCAAGUCAUAUAAAACAGGGGAAGCUAAAAGGUUUAAUGAGGAUUUUAUCAAUUGUUAGGCCAUCUUGGUGGAUUAAAUCAAAGGUUGAUGAUAGUAGUAAGCAGAGUUCUUUGCCAGAUGAUUCGAUCAUGUCUUGGUUUCUUGCUCUAGAAACUGGCAGAUUCUGGUUCCCUGCUCAGGUCUAUAACCGUGAGAGUGGCCAUGUUGGGUUUAUGCUCUCAUGCUAUGAUGCAGAACUCAGUUAUGAUUCUCGCACUGACAGCUUCCAAGCAAGGUACCCUCCACAUGGAAGGAGGGCAGUGGCCAUAGAGAAUAGCGUGCCAUGGGAAAGGCUAAGAGCACCACCUGUGGAUACUUCGCCACAUGAUCUUCAUAUUUCUGAUUGUUUGAAUGAGCUACGCCCAGGAGAUAACAUUGAGAUUCAAUGGAGAAGAAACAAAGAAUUCCCUUAUGGUUGGUGGUAUGGUGUCGUUGGUCACCUGGAAUCAUGUGAUGGGAAUGAAAAUUACUGCCAUUGUCAUAGUAGUGACACGGUGGUGUUAGAGUUCAAUCAUUACACCCCUGGCUCAAGGUGGAGUCGUACAACAAUCAAUAGGAAAGACCAUCGAGAGGAGGGAGGUGAGGCAGAUGGAUUUUAUGGGGGAAUCAGAAAACUUAGCGGCGAGGAGGAGAUUUCUACAUGGAAGCGGCUCUGGCCAUCCAAAAUCCUGGAAUAGCCGUGUGCAUAAAUACGCAUGCUAAUGUCACCAUGAUUUGAAUGCAAAUGGUCUAUUUUCCUUCCAACAAGGCAAAUUUAUCAAGUUUUUGCUCUAAAUGGUGCUUCUGGAAAUCGAAAAUCUACAUCAAAAUUGCAUAAAUAUUCUUCUAUUUAUCAACUCGGGUUACUCGCCAUAUCCCACUAUCAUGUAAAGUUUUUGUUGAAAAUCAUCUGGGAGCCCAUUGAUUAUUGAAAGAAUAGAGAAUGGCAACUUUAUGGAACAGGUGAUGUUGGAUUAUACUAAGAGUAGUCUUCUUUUAUUCCCAUUCAUCUUUGGAUUUUUUAACUUAAAAUCUUGAAAUGGAGUCUUAAGCUCCAACAUUUGGA